GUCCCACUUCCCCAAAACUCUCUCACCGUCUAAACCACGACUUCAUUAAUUAUUUUUCUUAGGGAAACUUCAUCAAUUAAUUAAUCCUUAUUCAUUUGAGUAAAUAAAUAAAUACAUCAACCUUUAAUGCGUUACUUGCAUUGCCCCCCUCUUCUUUCUAUCUCAUUAACCACCUUUGGACUCUUGUCCAUUUUUGAUGAUAACUUCCUCUUUUUUUCACACCAUUUUUAUCCACUUAAAAAGCUACAAUUUGAACUUUUUUGCCCAUUUGGGCUGUUUAUAAUUAUACCCAUUUCAAAAAAAAUAUACCCUUUUGCAUAUAAAGAAAUACCCAUUUCAAAAUUGCAAGUUUUUUUUUUGAACUGUAAAAAACAAACUCCAAGUUGUAGAUUCAGGAACUUUAAUUUCGAGAAAGAAAAAAAAAAGCCAUGAAUCAGCUUGAUUUCUUCAAGAAAUUCAACAGAUUAAACCCACUUGAACUGUCAGUAACAAUAGUGGGUUUUUUGGUUCUGACUUUGUGUCUUCUAUGCUCUCUUUUCUACUUUGAUAAUGGAGUUGGAAAUGGUGGUGGAUUCAGGUCACGUGGUGGAGUGACGUGGUGGUUUGGAGUAACUGCUGGUGAAAAUGAGCAUUUGGGAUUUUCUUCAAAGAUUAAUGAAGAUUGUGAUUAUUUUGAUGGAAAAUGGGUUUGGGAUGAAAGUUACCCUCUUUAUGAUUCCAAAGAUUGUUUAUUUGUUGAUGGUGGUUUUAGGUGUUCUGAGAAUGGUAGACCUGAUAAUUCAUAUACUAAGUGGAGAUGGCAACCAAAUUCAUGCAAUAUGCCCAGAUUUAAUGCAAAGGUGAUGUUAGAAAAGCUUAGGAACAAGAGGCUUGUAUUUGUUGGCGACUCAAUCGGAAGAAAUCAAUGGGAAUCCCUCUUGUGUAUGCUUUCUUCUGCAGUUUCUAAUAAGUCUUCAAUCUAUGAAGUAAAUGGAAACCCAAUUACGAAGCACAUGGGCUCUUUGGUGUUUAUGUUUCGGGAUUUUAAUUGCACUAUUGAAUACUACAGAGCUCCAUUCUUAGUGGUGCAAGGCAGGCCUCCUCCUGGUUCCCCACCAAAUGUGAGGUACACCCUCAAACUGGAUCAGCUGGAUUGGAGCUCUAGCAAAUGGAAAGAUGCUGAUGUACUAAUUUUUAAUGCUGGGCAUUGGUGGACUUAUGAUAAAACAAUUAGGAGUGGCUGUUACUUCGAAGAAGGAAAUGCAAUAAAGUCGAAUAUGACUGUUGAAACUGCUUUCAGGCGCUCAAUAGAGACUCUAGCCAGUUGGGUAGAUAGUCAAGUAAAUGUGAGCAAGACAAGUGUCUUCUUUCGGUCCUAUGCUCCUGUGCAUUUCAGUGGAGGCGAUUGGAAAACUGGUGGGUCUUGUCAUUUAGAAACACUGCCUGACUUAACAGCUCCCAACUUGCCCUAUACUUGGGGCCAUUUCAAUACUUUGAACGAUGCUCUGUCAGAUCAUGCAAAUGGAUCUCAUGUGACUAAAGUGAACUUGUUAAAUGUGACCUAUUUGACAUUACAGAGAAGAGAUGGACAUUCAUCACUUUACUAUCUGGGUCCAAAACCAGCUCCUAUUCACCGGCAAGAUUGUAGUCACUGGUGCUUGCCUGGUGUUCCUGAUACAUGGAACGAACUUCUAUAUGCUGUCUUCCUCAAGCAGCAGUCAGGUCGCUCAACGAAUUUUACUGUAGAACUUCAAGCCAAAGACUUGAUGUGAAAACCUUCGUGGUUGAGGUAGUUAUCUUAGAGGGAUUUAUUUGUUGGUUCUAUAAGCAGCUUGCUUUUACUUGGAAACUACACACUUUCUUCUGAUGAAGUCUUCCGGCUUUCACGUUACUCGGAGUGUUGUCGCAUGUGUAGCAGAGUGAUGUAUCACUUAGCGCAGCUUGAUUCUUUUUCUGAUGGAAGUUUGCUUUGUUUUUGGAUCUUUGGAAAUAUGCUGGUUAUUUGGGUUGUUUGUAGAUGAAUACAGUAUGGUAUGACCAUCAAAAGCCAGUACUCCGUUACUCGCAAAGUCGUGGGACUUGUUUGUGUGCCAGUAAAUAGGGGGUUGCCAUGUUAUUGGAGUAAUGUGAGGAGGAAUUCUUACUACUCACAAAAGGUUAAGUUUGCUUAAGAGAAGCAAAGAAGUGUUGGGUUGGAUAUCAAAUAUCUCUAGAAUGGAGUCGAGGGAGGCAAGAAUUACUUACUGAGUUUUGGUAAAUAUGUAGUAGAUAGUAAAUUGUAAUUUUUUUCAGCAUAUUGAAUUGUUCUGAAGAUACAUUUUUUGUCUUUAUAGAGUUUUUAUAAUAUAGAUAUACAUGUAUGAAACAGCUGAAAAGUCAAUAGCAAUUAUUUUCACUCCA